CGAUGUUGUAUCACGCAAUGUGCAUCAUCAGAUCGGCCUCAUCUCCCCUCCUUUCCCCAUCAUCAAUAGAUCCGUGUUUUUUUUACGCUACGCGCGUUCUGGUAAAGGAUGUCGGCGCAGGGCUCAGGUGAUGCUGCGGAACAAGGCGGCCAGGAGUCGGCACCUUCCGCCAACAAGCGGCGGCGUAUUGGGCUUGCGUGUAACGCUUGUCGAAUGCGCAAGUCCAGAUGCGAUGGGCAUAGGCCUUCGUGCUCGUCAUGUGUGUCGCUUGACUUCGAGUGCCAGUAUGAGUCGAGUGAGUCAGCAACCAAUGUCGUUGUGCGCAAAGAUUACAUGACCGGUCUAGACCAGCGCAUGGUCAAUCUAGAGCGCACAGUUCAGCGGCUCAAUGAUGUGCUCAAAGGUCAUCUCUCGCCAUGUGUCGACAACAGAGCUUCAAGCUCUGCCAGACCGCCUCCCAAUUCGUUCCCAUCAUCUCAAUCUGAUCCGGAUCAAGGCCAAACGCAUGUGACAGGACUGGAAGAACCGCAAGACGAGGAUGCAGUCCAAGAAAAUGGUAUGGCCAUGGUAUUUGUCGAAGAGCAUACUUCGGCAUUCUUUGGCGAAUCGUCGAACAUCAACUUCACACAGCUUCUCCUACGAGCUAUAGCCACUGUUCGCCAUCCCACUACAGAUAUCCCUAGUAUCAUAGAAAACCUCGGCUCUGCGGAUGAAGGUAAUGUUGCGAGCGUAUAUGGCCAACCUCACAACGGCUCAAUAGCUUCGGCUACACAGGACGUGUCGAUAACUUCUCUUCCGACGACUGCAGAGAUGAACGACCUGCUAGAUAUUUAUUUCAACACUUCAGGCGUGGUUUUCGAUUUCAUACAUGAAGAGACGACACGAAAGACACUCGCAGAGUGUUCAAACAAUGGGUUCACCAAGGCUCGGAGGACCUGGCUCGGAACUUUGAAUAUGAUCUUCGCCAUGGCAUGUAUGCUUGAUCGCGAUAAUUUACCAUCUGCAAAGAAACGAUUCGAAAAGUCCGAAGUCUUUUACCGACGAGCUAUCGGACUUUGUGGUGAGCUUUCAAAACACGUUAUCAGCUUGGAAAUCGUGCACUACCUUCUUCUGGUUGUCCUUUUCUGCCAAGGAACUCAGCGCUCGGUGCAAGCUUGGAAUAACCAUGGCUUGCUGAUUCGCUCGGCCAUGGCGCUGGGUCUCCAUAGCACUGUGGCCGGGAAAAAUCUAGACCCAAUACAAGAGGAGUACCGCCGCCGCACAUGGGUGGUUAUAUACUGCAUGGAUAAGGUCUUGAGCGUUGCGUUUGGUCGACCGGCCGGUAUUGCAGAUGAGCAGGCCGUCAACCGGCAACCCUCAUCCAGGCUGUUUCGCACUACAGGCAUGGCGAACAAUGAGCUUGAUGUCGCAGGUGACUUUUUAGCCGUGUCAUUUGAGCUGUAUCAGGUCAUGAGCAAGUCAUUGGUCAAGCAGUACGCGACGAAUGCGGAAUACAAGGAAAGUGAUCCCAACGAUUUACUCGCUCUUCAGGCAUCCGUGGAAUUUUGUAAGACGCUUCGAAUAUGGAGUGCAGGUUUACCACCGUACCUUGGCCUUUGCGAUCCUCAGUCAGACAUCCUCGGCGAGAAUACGCGAGUGAAUCGACUCCGAGUCAUACUUACAAUGCGUUAUCACAAUCUCAGUAUCCUCGUCCAUCGACCAUUGCUCAGUGCGACGAUUAAUCACUUGUUUCAGAAAGAUCGAGGAGCGCUCGAUGAGGCGCCAUACUUCAUACAGCUGGCUAUGGCUGAGGCACACGAGUGUAUACGAUCAGCCGAAAGCACUAUCGAUAUUGUGUAUGCGGUCAUCACAGCUGACCCGACAAGCAAGAAUAAUCUCGGUGUGUGGUACUUCACACUCUAUUAUGUCUUUACAGCUUCACUGGUUAUUAGUGCUCGACUCUUGUGGGCACAACAUGAGGGGAUCCCUCCAGACUUGACGGCAAUCAACCACGCAAAGAAACUGCUGAAGAAAGCGGAGACGAUUUUCCAACACCUGGAUUACGAGAACAGUCUCGUCCUCAGCUGUUGGAAGUACAUUCAUCAACUCUCGCUCAUGUGCAAUUUCCGUGACAACGCCUCCAAUCCUGCUUCUGUAACAGAUCCAUUCGUGACCAUGCCACUCGACGCCGAUGACCUUGAAGUAUACCAACUAUUCGCAUCUGAGAUGUUCGACCCUUCGAUUUUCGAACACAGCUCAUGUGGCACUGCUUCUUGGGAAGGUAUGAUCUUGAAAAUGUCUGACCCAACUCUUCCCACUUCACUCACGCAGCUGCCAAAUGAUGUGGACCGACGCCAUUACAGCAGCGACGAGCUACGCAAAUACUUUACACGCAUCAACCUUUCUCGAAAAUACUUUGAUUCGCCUGUCCUCACAGAUGCUAGUCUUGCGAGAACAAAAGAGCAUGGACUUCCUUUGCUAGAAGCGCUAUGUCGCCAUCACACUUGCAAUGUGCCUUUCGAAAACCUCAUUCUCCACUACUCGGCCAGUAAGAAAGUCACACUCGAGCUUUCUGAACUAUACACUUGGUUUGUCGAGAAGAGACGUGGCGGGCGUUGUAUGGAAAACAACAGCUUUUUCGCAACUGUCCUUCGCUCGCUCGGCUAUCAUGUCCGCAAUUGCGGUGGACGUGUGUCUCGAGCCAUGAGUCCAUUCCCCGAGGUCCGGAAAACUCAGGCUGCGACUUACGAUGGCAUAAACCAUAUGCUCAAUCUCGUCCGCUUCGAAGACGAGUGGUACGUCGUAGACGUCGGCAUGGGUGCCAUGGGCCCAAAUAUGCCUUAUCCUCUCCGCGACGGCUUCGAAACCACCAGUAUCACACCGCGAGUAAUCAGACUACAACAUCGCCCCAUCACUGAAUCCUACGGAGAUAUUGACGCGCCAAAGAUGUGGUGCUAUGACAUCUGCUACGACCCCGGUCAUGGAGAGGAAAAUAAAUGGAUCCCGACGUAUUGUUUUACCGAGAUGGAGUUUUUGCCCCAGGACUAUGAAGUCAUGUCUUGGUUCACGUCUACACAUGGCAAUUCGUUCUUUACUCGCUAUGUCACAGCUACAAAGAUGAUUAUGGAUGCUGAGGAGGAGAAGAUUGUGGGGAGUGUUACACUAUUCGUUGAUACUAUCAGGGAGAGCAUUGGGAGCGAGCGAAAAGUCAUCAAGGAGUGCAAGACAGAAGAGGAGCGCAUAACGUCGCUGAGCGAGAUAUAUGGCAUCAACUUGACGCAAGAAGACCGUGAUGGUCUCAAGGCCGAGCUUAGAUUGGCCUGA